AUGACAAACCAAAACAACAUUUUAACUGAAGAGGAAAUAAAAAAACUAAUUGGUAGUUUAAACAGAAAUCCAGAUGAAACAGAUAUAAGAGCACUAAUGAAGAAGUUAAAAGACUACAGCCACUAG